UCCCUUUCGUGGAGGGAAAAAAAAAAAAAAAGAGAAGGAGGGAGGAGUGGGAGAGAGGAGGAGAGAGGGAGAAAGUGAGCUCACGUUCACACAUUGGUGAAGAGGCUGGUCUUGCAAUGCCUUUGAAUAUUUUACUUUUAGGCAGUUCCUCAUCAGUCAGCCACACACAUCCGAGGCGAGCUGAAGCUAACUACAGCCAUGGACAGCACUGGGAGAUCUGAGAUCUGACUGCACGCAUCAUACCUCCGGGAUAUUUUUUAAAUUACAUAUAUAAACACGCCGACAGGCAGCCAAGCUCCACACACACACACACACACACACACACACACACACUCUCAUACACAUCCACACAUCACAGAGCCGCCAGCACCCGCACGGCCGCUGAGCAAACACCUUGUCUCCUCUCGCAGGAUAUACCCGCUCACACACAUCUCUCUUUAUCUCCUCCUGGCUUCCCGGAGGAUCCUGCCGGCUGUUUUUCAUGGAGAAAGUCCAGGGAGAAAUGGAGAUUGAGAGAUGGGAAAGAAGUGAAGAGAUCUCAGACGCAGAAAAAAAGGUUAUUCAAGAGAUAUGGAGCAGAGUAUAUGCGAACUGCGAGGACGUUGGGGUCUCCAUACUCAUCAGGUUUUUUGUGAACUUCCCCUCGGCCAAGCAGUACUUCAGCCAGUUCAAGCACAUGGAGGACCCCCUGGAGAUGGAGAGGAGCUUGCAGCUGCGUAAGCACGCCCGGCGGGUCAUGGGGGCCAUCAACACUGUGGUGGAGAACCUCAAUGACUCCGAAAAGGUCUCCUCCGUCCUGGCCCUGGUGGGCAAAGCCCAUGCCCUCAAGCACAAAGUGGAGCCCAUCUACUUUAAGAAACUCACCGGUGUCCUGCUGGAGGUCAUUGCCGAGGAAUACCCCAACGACUUCACCCCGGAGGCUCACGGUGCCUGGACCAAGAUGAAGACCCUCAUCUACACCCACGUGACGGCGGCGUACAAGGAGGUGGGCUGGGCUCAGUACCCCACUGCCACCCUGUGAGCGGCCAGCGGGGCCAGGCGAGGGGCAGGGAGGGCUUCACUCACCCCAGGACUUCACUCUGGUCUCUUCUCAAGAUCUUUGCUCAGUCUGGGGAGCCUGGUAGGGCCAGCUCUGUCAGCUGCCAAGUCACAAUUUGAUCUCCAUGGGGUUUAAAAACAAAAGAAAUAAGCCAAAAAAAAUCUAUAGAACCACGAAGGGUGUGGGUGGGUCGGGGUGAAGCAGUUGCAGGGGACGCUGGAAGGGGAUGCAGAGGGUGAGGGGAGAGCACUGGUUGUUGGCUCCAUCUUACUGUCCUGGCCUGUCCACCACCUCCCAAAUCCUGCACCUCACUUGCGCCAUCUCAAAGUCCCUUGCACAAGCGCUGCCGCCCCGUUCGAUGAUGAACAACACAACCCUCAUUUUCCGUGCAAAGCCCCUGGGUUAGGCCCAGCUUUGGGGGGCACAGUGCUUAUGGAGACGUCCAGCUGCCCAGCUGGCACCGAAAACGCUUUGCUUUGCACUUUGUGUGUCCCCUGGCAGGGUGGCAGAGCUGUCAGCUGUGCCCACAGCGCUCUCGGUGCCCGUCACCCUGCACUCUGGGCUGGCUGCAGUCACCCUGCACUCUGGGCUGGCUGCAGCUGUCACUCUCCCGUCACCCACAGUCCCUCUCCUUGGCUGGUUGCUGCAAACCCCCCUG